AUGGUUUUGAUAAGAAUAUUCACCACAAAUAUUCUUCCAUCAUUUUAUAUAUUUUUAGUAUUGGAACACCACUUCCAGAUACUAAAGUUGUUAUUUUAUUUAAAAACUUAUUGUUCAAGCUAUUAGUUUGAAGUUCUUUUGUAUUUUUAUGGGAUUUCCGAGGAAUUUAAAAAAAUAUGUUUAAAAAAAUGGUUAAUAUAAGUAUUUUUUAUUUUAGAUGUCUCCUAAUUUUAUUUUAAAUAAUCAUUUUGGUUUUAAGUAAAAAAUAUUUAAUGGACUUCUUUAUUGGACGGAACAGUUUGUGUGAUCUUAGAGUUCUCUACCUAGAUUUGCUGCUGUUUUACUAAUCAUGACUUCUUCAGAUUUGGACUUUCUUCAGAAUAGAAUUAGAUAAAACAAUUUGAGCAAAUCGUUAUUCUCAACUACUUUGGCUUAAGGAAACUGCUCAAUAUGGACGGAACAAAGAGAGAGCGCUGUUCCUCAUAGUUGAGAUGA